AUGGCGGCAGACCCGGUCAAGAACUCCAGCAUGGAGGAGUCCAGCAUCCCCAGGAAGGACAUCGACGUUGAGAGCUCCAACGGCGAGACGGCAGUCAUCGCCGAGACGGCAAGGGUCUUGGACCACGCCGCCGAAGUCAAGCUCACCCGCAAGUUCGACUUGCGCAUCCUCCCGAUCUUGGCUGUCAUGUAUCUCUUCAACGCGCUGGACAAGGGAAACCUGGGCAACGCCGAGACGGCAGGACUAUCAGACGACCUGGGCUUCAAGUCCAACCAGUAUAACAUGAUCGUCUCAAUCUUCUUUGUACCCUAUGUCCUCUUCGCACCGCCCAUCGCCAUGCUCGGCAAGAAGUUCGGCCCCAGCCUCGUGCUCCCGAUCCUGAUGUUCUGCUUCGGCACCAUGACGCUCCUGAUGAGCGCGGCCAAGAACUUCAGCGGCGUCUUCGCCCUGCGCUGGUUCCUUGGAAUGGCCGAGAGCGCCUUCUUCCCGCUGGUCAUCUACUACCUGACGACCUUCUACCGCCGUGGCGAGCUCGCGCGCCGCCUCGCCCUCUUCUACGCCGCGUCCAACAUCGCCAACGCCUUCGCGGGACUCCUGUCUUUCGGCGUCUUCCAGAUCAAGUCCCACCGCCUCGAGAGCUGGCGAUACCUGUUCAUCAUCGAGGGCGGCGCCAGCGUGCUUUUCAGCGUCUUCGCCUACUUCUACCUGCCCAAGUCGGCCGCCGAGGCCAAGUUCCUCAACGCCGAGGAGAAGGACCUCGCCCUGUACCGCAUGCAGGUCGACUCGUCGUCGGUCGUGUCUGAGAAGUUCAAGCUGCGCGAGGCCGUCAAGAUCUUCCGCUACCCAUCAACCUACGCCUUCCUCGCCAUCGAGGUCUGCCUCGGCGUCCCGCUGCAGUCCGUCUCGCUGUUCCUGCCGCAGAUCGUCAGCGCGCUCAAGUACUCCACCGUCAAGACGAACCUGUACACAGUUGCCCCUAAUGUCACCGGCGCCGUGAUGCUGCUGGUCCUUGCCUUCAGCUCCGAUCUGCUGCGCAUCCGGUUCCCGUUCAUCGUGCUCGGGUUCCUGUUCACUUUCUGCGGGUUCAUCAUCUUUGCGAGCAUCGAGGACGUCACGGCCCAGAUCCACGUCGCCUACUUUGCAACUUUCAUGAUGUGCUGGGGUACGAGUGCCCCUUCGGUCAUUCUGAGCACAUGGUACAACAACAACAUUGCCGAUGAGAACAAGCGUAUCACGAUGACCUCGGUCGGCGUACCGCUGGCAAACCUGAUGGGCCUUGUGAGCAGCAACAUCUUCAUCAAGAAGGAGGCGCCCAAGUAUGAGACCGCCCUGAUCACCACGGCCGUCUUCGGGGCGACCGGCGCGUUCAUUGCCGCCUUGACGGGUACCUACAUGAUCUGGGAUAACGCAAGGCGCAACAGGAAGGCCGGGUUCAAGACCGACGCUCGGGACGUGCCGACAUCCAAGCUGAGGGAUGGGCCAAGCGUACCCGAGUUCCGUUGGUUCUUGUGA